AUGUCUGGCAGUCUAGUGCUUCUUACCGGCGCUACCGGCUUUGUUGGCUACAAGACUCUCGUCACCGCUCUCGAGGCUGGCUACCGCGUUCGAUGCGCCAUCAGGUCAAAGUCCGGUAUCGACAAGAUCCUAGCAGCACCCAGCAUUCAGCGCUUGAGCCCGGCGGAUGACCGACUCUCUUGGGUAGUUGUUCCUGACAUAACGGCACCCGACGCCUACGACGAAGCCGUCAAAGAUACGGAUUUCAUUAUCCACUGCGCCUCCCCGGUGCCAACAUUUGGCAAGGAUGAGCGCAAGGGAACAGACGACGAAAUAUACGUGAACCCGGCAGUUGCCGGCGUUAUUGGCAUGCUUGCGAGCGCUGCGGCUCAUGCCGCCGACACUGUCAAGCGAGUCGUUGUGACAAGCUCCAUCGUGGCUGUCGUCCCGAUCGAGUGCUUCGGGGGGGGAGGUCUGGACCGGCAGCCGAUUGACGGAGAAUCCCGGGUGGCGACCCCGAUUGCCCCGUACGGGUCCGGAUUUGGAGCCUACUGCGCCAGCAAGGUUGCCGCACUCAAUGCAUCCGAAGCCUGGAUGGAGGAGCACCGCCCUGCGUUUGAUCUUAUCUCAACCGUCCCGGCAUGGAUAUGGGGUCACGACGAGCUCUCUACGACUGCCGAAUCACUUUUGUCGGGUUCCAACAGCGUGCUGCUGGAGUACCUGAGAGGCAGGAAGAGCGAGAUGCCUACCGACACCAACUUUGUCUCUGUCAACGACGUAGCUGCGGCGCAUAUCCGAGCGCUUUCCCCAUCCAUCUCCGGCAAACAAGGUUACUUUUUGGGCAGAGCUGUAUUGAUGGAGGAUGCCAGGGUUGUGGCAAAGAAGGCCUUCCCCGAGGCGUUCGCGAAUGGUGUGUUUAGUGAGACCGGCAUUCAACCAACAGUGAGCAUUCCGACGGACGUUUCCGAGGGUGAGAUAAUGCUUGGGAGAGAGCUUGUGAGCGGGGAAGACAUGGUGAGGGAUGUUGCCAGACAGUUUUUGCAGCUUGUUGGAGUCGAUAAGUAG